AUGCAACUCCAUGAUAUUGAGCAGUGUGACAAAUCCUUCACAUCAUCAGGAUAUUUAAAGAUUCAUCAGAGAGUUCACACUGGAGAGAAACCUUACAGCUGUGAACAAUGUGGGGAAACCUUUUCUCAGAGUAGUCACCUUAAAACUCACCAGCGCAUUCACUCUGGAGAGAAGCCAUACAGCUGUGAACAAUGUGGGGCAGCUUUCACAGUACUGAGUGCGCUGAAAAGACAUCAACGCAUUCACACUGGAGAGAAACCUUACACCUGUGAUCAAUGUGGGACAGCUUUCACACUAAAGAGUGCCCUAGAAAGACAUCAACGCAGUGACACUGGAGAGAAACCUUACAGCUGUGAUCAAUGUGGGACAGCUUUCACACUACGGAGUGACCUGAAAAGACAUCAACACAUUCACACUGGAGAGAAACCUUACUGGUGUGAACAAUGUGGGAACAUGUUUUCUGAUAGUGGUCAUCUUAAAAGACACCAGCGCAUUCACACUGGAGAGAAGCCGUACAGCUGUGAACAAUGUGGGGCAAUGUUUUCUGAUAGUGGUCAUCUUAAAACUCACCAGCGCAUUCACACUGGAGAGAAGCCAUACAGCUGUGAACAAUGUGGGAAAACGUUUACUAAUAGUAGUCACCUUAAAAGACACCAGCGCAUUCACACUGGAGAGAAGCCAUACAGCUGUGAACAAUGUGGGGAAACCUUUUCUCAGAGUAGUAACCUUAAAAGACACCAACGCAUUCACACUGGAGAGAAGCCGUACUGGUGUGAACAAUGUGGGGAAACCUUUUCUCGGAGUACUUCCCUCAGGAUUCAUCAGAGAGUUCACACUGGAGAGAAACCUUACAGCUGUGAACAAUGUGGGGCAGCUUUCACACAACAGAGUGCCCUGAAAAGACAUCAACGCAUUCACACUGAAGAGAAGCCGUACAGCUGUGAUCAAUGUGGGGAAACCUUUUCUCGUGGUGAUGGCCUUAAAGCUCACCAGCGCAUUCACACUGGAGAGAAGCCGUACUGGUGUGAACAAUGUGGGGAAACCUUUUCUCAUAGUGGUAGCCUUAAAAAUCAUCAGCGCAUUCACACUGGAGAGAAGCUGUACAGCUGUGAACAAUGUGGGAAAAUCUUUUCUCAUAGUGGUAGCCUUAAAACUCACCAGCGCAUUCACACUGGAGAGAAGCCAUAUUGGUGUGACCAAUGUGGGGAAACAUUUUCUCGCAGUGGUAGCCUUAAAACUCACCAGCGCAUUCACACUGGGGAGAAGCCGUACAGCUGUGAACAAUGUGGGAAAACCUUUUCUCGGAGUUGUCACCUUAAAACUCACCAGCGCAUUCACACUGGAGAGAAGCCGUACUGGUGUGAACAAUGUGGGAAAACCUUUUCUCAGAGUAGUACCCUUAAAAGACACCAGCGCAUU